AUGUGUAGAUUGAUAUAUUUUUACGCUCUCAUUUUCAUCAAAGUACUGUUGUAUUCAUUUGUCUCUUCUUCUUGUAACAGUUGUGCGGCUGCUCAAAAAGAACAAAAGCAGCCUUCUCAACCGCCCUCUCAACAGCCCUCUCAGCAGCCCUCUCAAUACUAUUUACUUGCAGAUAGCUCUAUUCUGGGUGGGGUGGGAAUAUCUCCAGCUGGAGAUGGGACCCAUCCAGAAAUACUCGCCAUUUCGGAAUUAAAGUCAAAGCCGAACAAAUGCCCGCUUUUGCCGUCUUCUUCGUUAAAACCCACGUGCACAUCACCGGUAUCUGAACAUUUUAUCCAAACCUUUGACCCAUAUACGACCAUCAUUAAAACUCUAUAUGGAACACACACCGAACUCUCCACAGCAACGCAAUGCAUUCCAUUUGCUGCUGCGCCAGUGGUAGCGUCGACGAUUUCGGCAACUCAAACGGUUGUCCAGUUUGCCUCUCCUCCCCAGCAGCCACAAUUUAUUCUUCCAUAUCCAUCGUUUCCUCCGAUCUUUAACCAACCCCUGCCAACAAGCAGCAAAUGUACAGAGCUACUUUCUAAUAAUCAACUGCUUGCGCUGAUCCACGAGCAAAUGUGUGUUGGAAACGAUCGCAUGCGCCAAAUGCUCAACGAAAUUAUUUCAAAAAGUGCGGUAACAUCCUAUUUUACAAAAACCAUACUGCCUUCCUUCACUUCUACGCUGCCUAUUUGCACCAUAUCAACAUCUUCGGUUAUUUCGACUUUUUCCAAACAAGGGGUUAUACCACCAUCACCCACCUCGCCGGCAUGCAUGUCGUUAUGUAACAAUGGUUUCCACCAGUUCCAAAUAAUGCCUCCACAAAUACGAGUCGUGGUGGCUACUUCAACGUAUCUAUUACCCUCUUAUGGGGCAUUUACUGCACCAUCACCAUCGCCCCAAUACUGUCCUUUCAGACAAGCAGCAACCCCCGAUUCCUUUUAA